AGCCAGAUUAGAGAUUGUGCUGACACGCGGUGAAUCGCAGUGUUUUUGUCAGCCUGGGGUCCUGGGACUUUGGGCGCCUGUCAGUCUCAGGGAAAAUAAACUUUGCAUCAGGAUAAAGUUCUUUGUUAUUGAUUUUUUAAAUCUUUUUUCUUUCCGGCAUUGUUUUUAUCCGCAGUCCGGCUCAUAAACCAGCCAUAAAGUAAUCAGUAAAUUACUUUCUUUGUAUAUAAUGAAAAAUGUCUCUCUGCCUGUCUCCUCAGCAGUUUUAGUAGCCGAUGUGGGAUGUGUCCCAGAUCUGAGCACCGCCCUCAGACAGCAGACUGACUGAGGAGGACGCUUUUCUCACAGCUCUAAAUUCUAGUGAAGACUCUGGGAAUUUGGAUUUAAAAAUUGGAAUGGGCAUGACGGUGUGAGCCAAGUCGAGGGUGUAGCCACAUCUGGCAGACCAAGCUGAGCUGAGCUGAGCAGGAGCCUCGCUACAUCAGGAGAUCUGCUGCAGACGAAAAAGAUGGGGAAGACGGAGGAUGAAAGCAAAAAUGUUGGGAAGAUCUUCGAGAACUUUAUUCAGGCCUCGACCUGUAAAGGAACUCUACAGGCCUUUAACCUCCUCUGCAGACGUUUGGACCUUGACCCGGCGGACCACACCACUUUCUACAGCAGCCUGAAGGCAAAGGUCACAUCUUGGAAGGCCAAAGCACUUUGGAACAAGUUAGACAAAAGGAUGGCUCACAAGGAUUAUAAGAAAGGUCAAGCUUGUGUGGGAACAAAGUGCCUCAUCAUCGGAGGAGGUCCCUGUGGUUUACGGACUGCCAUCGAGCUUGCCUUGAUGGGUGCCAAGGUGGUGGUGAUUGAGAAAAGGGACUCUUUUUCAAGGCACAAUGUGCUCCAUCUUUGGCCCUAUACCAUCCAUGACCUGCGGGGCCUCGGUGCCAAAAAGUUUUAUGGAAAGUUCUGUGCCGGAGCAAUCGACCACAUUAGCAUUCAGCAGUUGCAGCUGAUCCUUCUGAAGGUGGCUCUGAUCGUUGCUGUGGAGUUUCACAUUAACGUGGAGUUCAUUAGGCUGCUGGAACCUCCAGAGGAUCAAACAAAUCAAGCUAUCGGGUGGAGGGCCGCAAUCCGACCUGCGGAUCACCCACUGGCUAACUUUGAGUUUGAUGUGGUGGUGGGAGCCGACGGGCGCAGGAACACACUGGAAGGUUUCAAAAGGAAAGAGUUCAGAGGUAAACUGGCAAUUGCCAUCACAGCCAACUUUAUCAACAGGAACACAACUGCAGAGGCCAAAGUAGAGGAGAUCAGCGGAGUGGCCUUUAUUUUUAACCAGAAGUUCUUUCUUGACCUCAAAGAGGAAACAGGCAUUGAUCUGGAAAACAUUGUGUAUUACAAGGACAACACACAUUACUUUGUCAUGACUGCUAAGAAACAGAGCCUGCUCGACAAAAGAGUUGUCCUCAAUGAUUACAUGGACACUCAGAUGCUGCUGUGCAGUGAAAAUGUAAACCAGGAAGCCCUUCUGAGCUACGCCCGAGAGGCCGCUGACUAUUGCACAAAAUACCAACUUCCAACUCUGGAUUAUGCCAUGAACCACUGCGGACAGCCAGAUGUGGCCAUGUUCGACUUCACAAGCAUGCAUGCCUCAGAGAACGCUGCUUUGGUCAGGGAGAGAUAUGGACAUCAACUGCUGGUGGCGCUGGUUGGCGACAGUCUGCUGGAGCCGUUUUGGCCAAUGGGAACCGGUUGUGCAAGAGGCUUCCUGGCAGCUUUUGAUACAGCCUGGAUGGUAAAGAGUUGGGCUGAAGGUCGGACAGUUCUAGAGGUUCUGGCAGAAAGGGAGAGUGUUUAUCGACUUUUACCACAAACUACUCCUGAAAACAUUGCUAAAAACUUUGACCAGUACACCAUAGACCCUUCAACUCGUUACCCUAACCUCAACUCCGCCUGCGUUAGACCUAACCAGGUGCGUCACCUAUACAUCACUGGAGAGCUAAAUUCCUGCUCCUUGGAGCGUGCUGCUACUAUACGACGGCCUGUCAAUCUCUCAAGACGAGAGUCUGAGAUCCGCCCAUCACGGCUCCUUACCUGGUGCCAGAAACAGACUGAGGGCUACAGGAACGUGUUGGUCACAGACUUUGCAUCUUCUUGGACAAGUGGCCUGGCCCUGUGUGCCCUCAUCCACAGAUUUAAACCUCAACUGAUAGAUUUUGACUCUUUAAAUGAAGAGGAUCACGUCGCAAACCUGCAACGGGCUUUGGACAUUAGCGAGCGAGAAUUCGGGAUUCAACCAUUCAUGUCUGCGUUGGACCUCAGAGCUGGCGAGGAGCUUGACAAAACCAGAAUGAUCGCCUACCUGUCAAAGUUCUACGAGCUUUUCCGUGGAACGCCUCUACCUACAUCAGCAGAUUCCAGAAAAGUGGAUGAAAACAACAAGGAAUAUCCCUCGGAGGAUGGCAGAACUAAUAUUAUGGCUCUCAACCUUUCACUGACAAGGAAGCGGGUACCAAAGGAUGAGAAGAAGUUGGAAGAUACAGAUGCUAUUUACAAAAGGAGGCGAAGGUUCUUCUAUCUGGAGGAGGCCACAAACAAUUCAACUCUCAGCUCCCUUGUGCAACAAGAACGAGAUCCCAAAGAAAAUAAAGUGCGCUCCAUGGCUUCUCAGCUCCAGGCGAAGUUUGAAAAUAAAAACAGCUACUCAACUCACAAAACACAGUUGGACUCUGAGACGUUCUUGGUGUUCCCGUAUCGUAAUCAAACUGAGCUUCCGCCUGUUAAGUUCAGGCCUCCGGUGCCGCCUAAACCUUCCUCAGUGACGCAGUUUGAGAAAAGUAUCAUAAAAGCGGCCGAACAGUUAGUCAACCUUCCUUCAAAGACUCUACCAAAACCCCAGCUUCACGCUCAGCCCAGGCAUCCGUUUUCAGUCGUGAAGCUCAGACAUGUUGAUCAAACUGUCACAGAGAUGACGCCUCGGCAUCAGAGUGAGAGUCCUGACCCCCCUGCAUCUCCUCCCUCCUGUCGCUCAGCUGUCUGUUUCAUGACAAGAGUUCUGCAUCGCCUCAGAGAGGUGGAUGAACACAUAUCUGAGAAAAAAGCUCAGACACAACAAGUUAGAGAGUUUCAGACAAAGAGCAUAAAGGAAAAAGCUGUUCACCUUAGGGGGCUGUUCUCAGGACCCAGCUCUGAUGUUCUCCAGGGAAGUUCAAUAAAAAGGACUUUUUCCCAGUCAGCUGAUAAGUGCCACAUGUGCUCCAAGCGUGUUUACAUGGUGGAAAGGGUCUGUGCGGAAGGGCUCUACUUUCACCGGGAAUGUUUCCGGUGUUCAACGUGCAACUGUUCUCUCCCGCAGGGAGCGCAUGCCUUCAACUCUCAAGAAGGAAAACUGUACUGCAAACUUCAUUUUCAUCAACACAACAAUGGGACAAAUAUUCGGAGGGUUUGUUCUCUACCUCCAAAUCGUAAUCGAGUUAAGGAGCAAAUGGCUGAGGAUAGAGCGACCUCCCAGUCCAGCAGUUCAGCAGAGGUGCAGAGUACACCUGAAGCAGGUACCUGCACUUCGUUCAUAAAGAAAAAGCUGAACUGGUCACUGAGUGUUACCCGUGCUGUCUAUAACGCCCCCUGGUAUCUGUCCAACCGCGCUCGCAAUGCAGCCCAGGCCCUUACCAGUCACCUGAGAGACAACGCCCACGACUACACAUUACUGUUUGAGCUACUGAGCAUGAGUUUACCCCUGUUGUUUGUUUUACAAGAGGUUCUGCCGCAGAUAUACACUGACAUUGUUCCAGAUGGACCCAGUACCUUACAACCUGUACUGCUUUGGCUGCAAGAGCAGGUCGGGCAACGGCUCAUCUAGUUUCUUAUCAUGCAAAAGCUGAUAUAACUUUAAACAUUUGUCCAUUUUACCACUGAUACUUGGACCAGAUACACGCUGAUAUGUUCUCAUCUUUUUUUUUUUAUGAACAAACAAGUUCCUGACUUUUAGCAAUUUUAUGUGCAGUGGAUGCAAUUGUGCGCAGGCCAAAAAGGAGAAAAUAAGGUGAACAAAUGCAUUAAAUGGUUAAUAAUGCAGGUAAGUCUAACAGACCAAAUAAAAUACUGUAGAGUAAUUGGAAGUCUAAUCAUUCUUAGUGUAGAUCUGGCCUAGUUACAAACUCUUUCUGAAAUCCUGUAAACCUCAUCGUUGGUGAGUCACUGAUGACCUUGAUGCACUUUAUCUCUGAGAACGGUUUUGUCCAUGAAGCAAUAAACUGUCCGCUUGGACAAAAUGUUUGAACUCAUGUCAACAGUUAUCACGUUUCAGCUUUAUUCUUGACAAAUGCAUUAUUUAGACAUGCCUUCAGAGCUGUGUUUUGAUGAGAAUGUAACAAUUUUCAGACCUAGCAUCUCUUCUUGGAUCUAUUGAUCUUGUUCAUUUUGUAUAUUUUCAUUAAUAACACUAAAAAGUCUACUAUUGAGGGAUUGCUUUCAUGCUGUGGAUUUUUUUUUUGCUUUAUUUUGCUGCCAUCUACUGUUGCCUCAUGAAAUUACAGGCUAUCUAUUUGUUUUUUUGUCUACCA